UUUGUAAUUUAGGAGUAACCAAGUAAGCCACAAUGAUUAGAUCUAAUACUCAUUGAAUAGACUGCACUGUCCGUGUCCAGACCAUUGUCACAAUCAUUGUGAUUGUGCGUGCCUCGAAAUAUCGACACUCUAUGACUCUUAGUCGGUAUGCUGUGGGCUGUCAAUCAAGAAGCAACAAUAUCGAUAACUGUUAGUUAUAGAAAAAAAAGUCAAUGAAUUUCUCACAUAGUCACAGUCACAUAGUAUAGGCCUGUUUAAAAAAUGUCAUAUUUAAAUUACGAAAUGAUUAUUAUACGCACUGCUGUGCGCAUAACACUCAUCGUUAGUCGAAACUUUUAUCUGACAAUAACGCUCGGCAUUAUCAUUAUGCGCAGAUUCUUGGCUGGUUGCUAAUUUCUGUCUGAGGGGCCAGAAAUCGGCAAAAUGAUGUCAGUAUUAAUAAAAAUCUCUGCGCGCGAUUAACUAGUUGAAACUUUAUGUGCAUCGUGCAGAUCGUCAGCCUUAAAACUCGAUCUGUUCAUUUCAAAGGGUUAUUCUUACUGGAAAUAUUACUUUUUAUCUAAUCUAAUACUAAUCAGUUUCAAAUCCAACUAAAGCAAUCACAAUCUAUCUAAGAUGAUCCUGAAAUUUUGAAGUUUAAAUAUUAUCAAAUUUUUUAGUAUUUUUUUUUUAAAGCUUGUUGUAAUUUUUUGUUAAUGUCAGGGAUAAAAACAGUUUUUUUUUAAAAAAAAUGUGGGGGGUUUUUUUUUUUUUUUUUUUUUUUACAAGUAGUGUGAGAAUUAAUCAAGCAACAGGCUGAGGGUGCAGAGUAUAGAAAAGGUUUGGGGAAACCCUUGUGUAAUGGUUUCCGAAGUGUGCGUCACCAUGCGUUGGGAGCUGUAACUGAGGUGCCUUGAAAUAUUAUAACAUUUUCAAAGUUGUUAUUUCCAUUUUCAAUCCAAGUCCAAGUGAUAAGAUGGUAUCGAGCCUUCAGCAAAAAUGUAACUAAUUGAGUCGUAGUUGUGUGCAGCAAAAUUACUAGAACUAGAAUGGAGCUUUUUGAUCUUAAAUACUUGUUUAACUUAUUUUUACAUAAUCUCUCGUGUUGUACUUGAAAAACAUGAAUUCAGGAAGGACGCAGAAAAAUGUAUAAAAGUUUAAGUGUAUGUUUCUAUUUUUCUAUGACAUUUUCAACAAAUAAAAUUUAAAAAACGAUAACUUUUUCCAAAGAAUUUUAGAGCUUAAAUAUAUUUCUUCAGGAUUUAUUAAUUAUAUUUCAUUCAGAUUCCAGGAUGGAUAUCUUCAAUCCCUUGGAAUUGGCAUCAUUGAUUGAGGAAUGGAUGCUGCAUAAAGAAAUUCAAGGUAAUUAUUUUAAUUUUAUUCUUGCUCUAAUUAAAUUUAAUUAAUAGGCCUAUAUUUCACCGAAACAAUUCACUCUCCACUGGAAAAUCUAAUUGCUGUUUUUAUUUAUUUAUAUUUUAGGGAUUUAUAAGUAUGAUGACCUUAAACUCUCUUUGCCGGAAAUCAUCUGGACAGACAUUUUUUGUAAAUCAGAUCCUUCACUGAAAAUCAUGGCGCACAAGGUAAGAUAGUAUAAGUAAAGUGAUAAAUCUUAUUAAGUGAUUGUGCUUAAAUUGAGUCGAAAAGACAUACCAUAUACACUCGAUCUAAAGCCCAUUCCAUGAUAACCAGAUCUCCCAGAUUCUGUAUCAUGAAAAGAAUAAAUAAUAUUUAACUCGCUCAUAACCUGACCACUGAAAAUAGUAUGCUAGUGUAAACAAUACAAUACUAAAAAUAACACUCAGAGUCAUAAACUUAAUGCUAAAAUCUGACAAGAAGUAAAAUUUCCAGCAGAAUGUGAACAAGCACUAAUAACCCCAAUUCACAAGAAAGGUUCCAAACUGCAAUGCACAAACUACAGAGGAAUUUCCCUAUUAAAUGUAACUAGCAACAUACAAAAUACUAACAAAACUAAUGGACAAGAGACUCCAACCGUACCCUGAACAAAUACUAGCUUACCACUAAUGUGACCAAAUACUCGGUGACUACCAAUUUUGAUUCAGACAAAACAGAUGAACGACUGAUCAGAUUUACACCGUCAGAUACACCUCUCAGAGAAAUGUUAUGAAUAAAAUAUCCCAGUGCACUAAUAUCCCAGUGCAUCAAUAUCCCAGUGCACCAACUCUUUGUGGACUAUAAAAUUACAAACCACCAUUUAUGAAUAUUAAAUCAGUUCAAAUAUCUAGGAUCCUCACAUCUUGUAGCCAAUUGACAGUUGUACAUCCCUGCUAAAUAUCCAUACAAGGCGGACAGAAGAAGAAUAGAAUAUGUUAUAUGGUGCACGAAUAUGAACAAGGAAAUGGGAGGACAAAAAAGCCUCAUCAAAAUUGGAUAAAAUGUUUGAUGCCCAAAUUUAUUAAUUCAAAAUAUAAAAUUUGAAAAUGGAGAUCAUUACGUCUGGCUCAGAAAUCUAUUUUUCGAUGUUAGGUUUUUGAACCACCAACAUUAUCCUCUGAUCAAUAAUGAAUUUAAGAGAAGAGAUGGCUGCAAAAUACCUUACUGGUUGGUUGCUGUAAAACUGUAGUUAUUUGUAAUUAGUGUUUAAAUUUAUUCUCAAGCCGUAGUCGUUGGUAGUCUAUUUGUGGUUUCAAAUAUUCAGUGAUGAAAAUUUCAAAUAUUCAUUGAAUAUAAUAUCAACAUAUUCAGUGAUGAUAAUAUCAACAUAUUCAGUCUUGAUAAUAUCAACAUAUUCAGUGAUGAUAAUAUCAACAUAUUCAGUCUUUAAAUCAUGUUGCUGUUAAAUGAAUUAACAUUUUUUUAAAUAUUGUCCAGAAAACCGUCGUCUUAGCCAGGAUGAAGAGUCCUCUGUUGGUUGGUGAACCUGAGUGUAAAGUUGAACUUUAUUCGGGUUUGAUCAAAUAUGGGAACACAGGUGAGUGAAUAUUUUUACUGUAGAGCCGGUAUAUAAAGUUGAUACUGUUAUCUGGAAUAGGGGUGGGGUAAUGUCCUGAUAUUUACAGUGGCAUUAAAUUACCUCCAACAAAUUACCUCAUUUUCUAAUUCAUUAUCUUAUGUCUUGUUUUGCCCUUAGUGGAACAAACGCCCAUAUUAUAUUUUUGUUAUAUAUUUCAAACGUCCAUAUAUCUUAUAAUAUAUGAAUGGCGUUCAAGCCAUGCGAAGGGAAUCAAUAGUGGAACAAGAUAUGUUUAGGCCGGAAAGGAAAGACGGGAAAGUUAAAAGGAUGUUUGGCAGACAGUACAAAUCAAUAAAUAACAUUUAAUUAGGUCUUUCAAUUUAAAUAAAAUGGAAUGUAGCUUACUAUUUAGCAGAGGCAUAACGAAGGGGGGGUGGGGGCAGGCGAGUUACACAUGUCCCCAGGCGCCAAGAUACAGGUACAAAAUGAGGCUUACAAUGUUACAUUAUAAUAAGUAAACAAGGGUAAUACAUUGGUCACAAGAUCGCUGCAGCCGCUCAGCAGACAUGUCAUCUGAUAGCCUUCUUGUUUUGUCGCAUUUGCGUACUUCAAUGGGACAGGAUCAUCUUAGUGUUCUUGGUAUUCUUAGCGUUGAAAUAGGAAAAGUGUAAAAAAACAGAUUGCGUAAUUGACCAGUUUGAAACAUUGAAAUUUUAAAAAAAUCUUUUGUACCAGUCUACGACAGUGACUGAGUGGGUCAUGUAUCAUAAUUUCUGUAAAUUUGCUUCUUCAAAUACAAUAUUUUUAAAAAUCUAAAUUGUUUUCCUCAUUCAAUGUAACAGAAAAAUGUGAUAAAAUGAUUAUAGUUCUUCCCAGAGCGCAAAAUAUCAUAGCUAUGCCUCUGCUUUUUAGAACUGGAAGACAUAUAUCUUGUUCCAAUUACUCCUUUCAUUCAACUUAAUCCACUAUAUUUAAGUCUUUAGUUUUCUAUUGGUUGAUAUAAAUAAACAUGCAUAUUUUUGUUGACCUACUUUGAUUUUUCCUUAAAUAAAAUAACUCAUGGGUUUUCAAAAAACAGAUUUUAACACAAAAGUUAAUCUUCCAUUUGACGACCUGCCUGAUUAUAUCCUGAAUUAUUUGAGCAUAAAGUCCCUGGACAUUGACCUUGGGAGAGAAGCUGCUGAAACUGAGCCCAGUCCCUACCUAUUUAAUCCAAAACCAUCUGAAGAAGGAGCUGCAGUUCCUGGACCAGUAUGGAGGGGGUGUUAUGUUGGUGAGUUAUUUCUUUCUGUUGCACGUAUAAAACAGACAAACAGAUUAUGAAAAUCAUUUUAUUCCUGCAAUAUAAUGUGGCAAUCACCUCAGCUGACAAUGUUAAUGGCUAUUCUAAAAUUGUAAUGGCUUUUCUAAAAUUUUAAUGGCUAUUCUAAAAUUUUAAUAGCUAUUCUAAAUUUUUAAUGGCUAUGCUAAAUUUUAUACUCUUAUUUACCAUGUUUCAUUCAAUAAAACUAAUAAUGGUUAAUUAUUUUGUGUACCGGUAUAUCCAUCUAUUUGGAUGUGGUUAUUUAUUUUGUGUAUAUUCAUCUAUUUGGAUUUGAAAUGUAAAAAAAAUGUUGCUUUGUGUUUAAGGUAUAUUCUCGCUGAUGGCUGAUUUGCGUGGCGAUGUCAAAUUUAUUGAAGAUGAUGGGACAGUCCAGAUGGUAGACUUUAAAGAAAUGGUGCAUUUCCUAAAAUUUUCAAACAAAACUGAGUACAUAAGAGUCAAAACUGAAAGCUGUGACUGGGAGGUGACAGGAAUGUGUGAGUUUAGCCUGUACAGCUAACUGUUGCACUAAGCCUGUACAGCUAACUGUUGAACUGAGGAUGCACAUAGUUAGUUGCUGUUCAACAAUCUCAUCACAUGUUUAAGCAACGUAUCAUUACAUACCUUAACUAAAACGUACGAAAUAUUUAUUUCAUUGUUACUUAACGUAAAUGUAUUUUUUUUUAAAAACUUUUAAGUACGGUACUUAAAAAAAAAAACUGCACUAAUUUGCUUUACUAGCCUGGUAUUUUGAAGCGUUUUAAUAUUUUAAGCAACCUCACUUAUUAUUAUAGUAUCAUAAAACGGUAUGAGAAUGUAUUGUACAGUAAAGCAGAAAUAUUAUGCUUCAGACCACUUUAGCUUGUGAUGCUCAGUGAUAUCAUGAUUAGACCACUUGAGAUAAUGACAAGUGAUAUAAUGCUUCAGACAACGUGAGAUAGUGAUAAGUGAUAUUAUGCUUCAGAUAACUUUAGAUAGUGAUAAGUGAUAUUAUGCUUCAGAUAAAUUUAGAUAGUGAUAAGUGAUAUUAUGCUUCAGAUAACUUUAGAUAGUGAUAAGUGAUAUUAUGCUUGAGAUAACUUUAGAUAGUGAUAAGUGAUAUUAUGCUUCAGAUAACUUUAGAUAGUGAUAAGUGAUAUUAUGCUUGAGAUAACUUUAGAUAGUGAUAAGUGAUAUUAUGCUUGAGAUAACUUUAGAUAGUGAUAAGUGAUAUUAUGCUUGAGAUAACUUUAGAUAGUGAUAAGUGAUAUUAUGCUUGAGAUAACUUUAGAUAGUGAUAAGUGAUAUUAUGCUUCAGAUAACUUUAGAUAGUGAUAAGUGAUAUUAUGCUUGAGAUAACUUUAGAUAGUGAUAAGUGAUAUUAUGCUUCAGAUAACUUUAGAUAGUGAUAAGUGAUAUUAUGCUUGAGAUAACUUUAGAUAGUGAUAAGUGAUAUUAUGCUUCAGAUAACUUUAGAUAGUGAUAAGUGAUAUUAUGCU